CCGACGCGCACGACCACCGCCGUCGCCGCCGCCUCCGAUGUGGGUCCUCGCUGGACCGUUCGACUGCGACGAGCACAAGAUCCCCACCUCCACGAAACAGAAACUUCUCAAGGCUGGCGUCAAAUACAGCCUCGGCCGCAAGGACGACACGGCAAACCUCGUCAUCCAGCAGAAGAAGAUCUCUCGCCGCGACCAUUUCAUCUUCGAGGUUGUCUACGAGCGCGACGUAGACCCGACAAAUCCUGCGCAACACCCCAAGCUGACCGUCGUCUACCCCGCCACAGAAGGCAAGAAGGCCGUCUCCCGCAAGGUCAUACGCAAAGUCGGUCCCAAUCCGGCACUGAACCCAGGCGAGAUCCUCUACCUGGAGGACGCCGAUAUCGUACAGGCAGCUCUGGACAUCCAUAUAACCGUACAGUGGAUUCCAGUAGCCUGCCUAUUACCUCCCACCCGUGGCGCUCCUCUGCCGGACCCCUCGACGUACGCCCCGCUAGGCAUUUGCAUCCGCCCAACGCCGCACCCCGACGUCACCCACCACGUCUCUCCGACCAUAACCCUCUCGCCCGAACUCGCGCUCUCCCUGCUCUCUGUCGCCACCAUCGUCACUCCCGAAUGGCUCGCCGACCUCCUCAAGGCCGGCCGCGCCGAACCCGGCAAGCCGUGCGCGCUCGAGCAGACCUUCCUCCUGCCGCCCGUUGAGAAGUACCGUCCCCCGUUCUCCCAGACGCUUCCGCCCGCGCUCAAGCAGUUCAUGAAGUGGGCGCCGAACGAGGGCCGCGCGGGCCUGUUCAGGGGCUGCCGGUUCAUCUUUGUGGGAGAGAAGGGGAGGGAGGUGCAGGAAGCGAUGCGCGAGUUGGUGAAGCGCGGCGAGGGCGAGUACGAGUGCUAUGCAGUAGAGGGCGGUAGGGCGGGCUUGAGGAAGGUGCUGUCGAAGGGGAGAGCGAAGGGGAGGAUAUUGGUCUUGGUGGGCGAAGAGGAUGCGCUAGUGCCUGCUGUCGGCAAGGAUGGGUGGCAGGAACUUGUCGACGAGGCUAACAGCUUCGAGGUCAACUUCAUUAGUCGCGAGAGGAUCCUCGAAGCCGUCGUAGAGACUGACACUUCGCUACUCAACUCAGACUCGGUAUCCGACGAAGCCCUCUCCCCGCUGCCAGACGUGGUACCUAAUACGCAUCCAGACGAGCCUUCCAUACCUCCACCGACUCACACACCUGCAGCAGAGUCUCAGGAGUCCCAGCCGGCACGGAGUAGGUUACGCCGGCGCGCGGCCUCGGGUGCCUCGUCUCGCGCGCCGUCACCGCCGCCUCCUGCCCCGUCCCAGCCUUCCCCUGCAGCAGAGGAGCCGGCAGAGCCGCCAAAGAAAAGGGGGUUGAUUCGUAGAGCUGGCCGCUCGAGGACCACCGCUGUCGAUGACACCUCGAUGGACCUCGACGGCGAUGGCACGCCCGCACCGACUUCACAGUCUGCACGGCAAACGCCCGAACCGACGCGCGCACCCAGCAUCGGUCCGGAGCCUACACCAGCGCGCAGCCGUCUCAAGCGCCGCGCAGGGACGCUGGCCGCGAAGUCGGACAUCAUCGACCUGACGUCGGAGGCGCCUGCGGCCGAGGCGGACGAGCCCCCGCUGAAGAAGUUCCGGGCGCUGUUCGAGCAGAGCGACCCUGAGCGCGUGGGGGAGUCCGGCAGCCUGGAGACGCAGAUGACGACGCAGGCAGAGAGCGUGACGGAGAGCGAGGUAGUCGCGACGCAGUCUGGCGUGGGGGCGCGGGCGCGGAGGGCGGGGCUGACGCAGCUCGCGGUGGUGGCGGAGGAGGAGGAAGAGAGCACGAGCGGCAUCACGCCUGGUCCGGGGACGAGCAUCGGGAGCCAAAGUCAGGGCCUGAAGAGGAAAAACCGCGGCGCGGAUGAGGACGCGGCAAUGGAGGAUGCUUCUGGGCCAACGAGUAAGCGGCGUGCGGUUGAGGGUAUGGACGCGGUGCAGCCGUCACAGGCAGGAGCUGCCGCCAAGCCCCCUUCGCGUGCCACAUCCAAGCCUCCGUCGAAGAGCCAGAAGACCGAGAAGACGUCCGGCGCAGCCCCAGGCAAGCCGGACACGGACGAGGCGUUCCUCAAGGCGGUCGCCUCUACGAAGAAGGGCAAGCGCACGGAGGACACGUUCGAUCGCGAGUUCAACAACCUGCGCAUAUCAAAGCCGGAGCUGGAGAAGGCGCAGGAGCGCGACGCGUGGGCGGUGCUGGACGAUUUCGGGGACGAUAGGGAUCUACGGGGCAAUUUUAUGGUGAUCGUGGAGAUGCAGGUGCCCGAUAAGCCACGAAGGCUGGCUUUGGUGAGAGGUGACGAAGGCAGGACGGACUGGGCGGGCAGGCCGGAUUUCAAGAAGUUCAAGAAGAAAUCGGCUGCGAGUAGGCGGCCCGCCGUGGAGCUCUACGCCGAGGACGACAAUGAAUAUGACAUGGGCUCACAAUUGUGGAAAGGUUCUCAGGCACGGUCACAGUUGACGUCGCAAAUGCAAUCACAAUCUCAGGAGGAUCGCAAGCCAGAGUCAACCCAGAAACGAAAACAGAAGACCCAGACCCAGACGCAAAGGACUCAGAGCAGCAAAGCAAAAGCGAAGGCUGUGGUCCUCGACGACUCUGAUGACGACCUCAUGCCACCGCCACCCACUCAGCCCGCAAAGUCCCAAAGGAAAGCACCGAGCCGCGGUGGCUCCGCCCAGCCUCGGGGGAAAACUCAGAAGACGCAGCCGCUGUUCAUCGAGUCUGACGAAGAGGCCGCGGGACCGACAUCACAGACUAUGGCAGACUACGAUGACGGUCUCAGUCCAAUCGGAGAAACUGAUGACAUGGAUGACGACGACGAAUCUACGCUACGCUCGAGCCGUCGGGGGACGCAGACCCGUACUACUCGCAAUGCUAGAAAGGCUGGUGCAUCGAAGAAAUCAGCGCCUGUGGUAUUGGAUGAUGAUUCGGACGAUGAAGCUGCAUUCGUAGGGCUCGCAGCGCGGAGAAAGACACGAAAGAAAUAGGGACUCUCGCUUCAAUUGUACGUGGGUCAAUGCACAAUACUAAUGCUCUGAUGAUUUCGAUUGCAA